CGAGGAGUAUGAAGGUCCCCACAGUGGUUUAUUUACUUUGUUACUUCUUAAAUAAUGACAUAAGUGUAUCCGGUUUAAACGAUUAUUACUGGAAGGAUUACACCGGAAAGGUACCGGAAGAUGCGGUUCCGGGGGGAACGGAUAUGAAUCAAGAAAAGGUUUAUAUAGGGCAAGCGUUUUUGCAAAAAGAGGGAAUAUUUCCAACUACCAUUUAUCCCGGAGAUAAAACGGUGUACGUGCCUUGGAAGGGAGCGAAGAAAUCGCAAGAAUUUAUACAGAUACUAUGCAGCCGGUAUCCAGAUUCUGACGCGUUCAAGUGGACCUCUGCCAACAAAACCCAUCUCCAUUUGACGACUGUGAAUGAUCAUCUGAUACGAGGGGGCAUCGAAGACCAGAAGUGGCUCUUCAUCGGCAGGGUCAAGUACCAAGGGCAGAUUGUUAUCGGAAAAGUGUUACAAGGAAAUGUCGGCAACGCCAUUAUGUAUUUUGCCCAUGACGGCAACGAACACAACGCGCCUUCGUACGAAGUGUUGAAAUUUGACAAUUCGGUUUUUAUCGAACCACGAUUGAAUUGAAAAUUCGCACCUUACUUGUUUUCGGUUAUGAUCGGAUAGAUUCACUAUCAUGUAGAAUGUAAAGCGUGUUGUCUUUAUAAUUAAUGGAUCCAUUAAUGAAUAAUAAACAAUGGGGUUAUCAAUAGGCGUUGAAAAGUUGAGAUUAGAUCAGUCUAAAAUCUUACGUACACGUGCUUGUGUUGCA